AUGUCUGAUUUCGCAAAUUCCAAUCAACCGCGUUCCGUACACGUGCCCUCGAGGGUCUCACCUAGGGUCCUGGCAUACGGCAGAAGUAAUCCGGAGGCAUUUUUGUCCUACCUUCGUCGCAUCUGGCCAGAACAUGGACAGAGAUUGGUAGAGAGUCCGGAGAACUUGGGGCUUGUUAGUCGUAUCAGGGUCCUUCUCGAGAAUGGAGAGCUGCGCCCGAUACAUAGGACGUGGAUUCCACUUCCGGAACUCCGGCACCUGCGGGCUCGUUACUUGCUCCCGGGGGAAAAAGCCUCCUUCGUUCAUCUUGAACCCCCUCUCCCAGAAGAUGGUACACUCGGAGUUUGGGAGUUUCUUCCGCGACUCCGAUGUCAAACCAAACCUGAUGUCUACUUCUGGGCCAGUACUCUGUUGGAUAUCAAGUUCAAUUCGACCGACGACGUCAGAUCCCCACGGCGAGUCAAGGAAUUGUACAUACUCCUAUAUGACUUUUGUCUGGAGGCCAAGGUCGGUAGGGAUGGCGAGAACAAGGUCGCAAAAUACAUCAGGUCGACUUUCGCGAGAAACUCGCUCCUCUUACAGCAACAAGGUUGGAAUAACCCUAAUCAUGCAGUUCGCUAUGGUCCUGAAGGUACACAUCCGAAGAAGCCUUCAAUGCCACUACCAGCUGAGUGGAACGCAACACGAUUCGAGUCCGACCAGAUUGAACGAUUCUACAAAGAAGUGCUUCUUCUAGAAGACGCUUACAGGUAUUAUGACAUCCUUGAUGAACUCAGACGCCAUAGAAUCAAGGCAUUUAAAUGGACAGUUUCUCCAGGCGAUGUAACCAAGCUGUAUCAGGAUCUUGAGGAUCUUGAUGUACGUGGCCAAGAAAGAGAUCGCAUGAUAGAGGAAUUUAAAAAGGAACCCUUUUUUCCAUACAUCAUCCCUGACCGAAGUUGGGAGACUUUCCAUUGGGGCACUCCUAGCCAACUUGUAUGGUCGCAUGGCGUAAAGCUGCCCAGGAAACACGACAUCAGCCAGCAGUAUCCUAGUCUCAAGUCUUUCUUCGUAGAUCGCCUCGAGAUACCUGAGUUGACGAUGGAGGCUCUCCAAAAGCAGAUACUCGAGGUCGCAGCCGAUGCGCCUGCCGACGAGACUUUCACCCCUUUGUCUCAUCUCAACAUUUUGAUCCAGAACUUGGUUGAACUCAUAGAUCCCAGCGAGUUAAUUUCUGAGCCCAUUUUCCCCAUUCUGACACCGUCCGGCGAGCUAAAGCGCGUCUGCUGUGCUACGGAUUUCUUCAUUGUUGACGACAUGCGUCUUUUCGAAUUAUUCAGGGACAAAGUCAAUAUGCUUGCUUUUACAAACAGCCAAGUGAUGCGGCUCGAGUUUCUGUUCAAGUGGCUUGGUAUGGGGAAGAAAUACUUGACUCUCAAUGUCGAGCACAGGGUUGAAUGGCCUUACAGAACAAUACCACAUGAGAUUGAGUGGGACAUAGGCCAGAAAGCCGAGGCUCUCCUACGCAUCGCAGCUUAUUUCCGGAGCCGUCAAACGAGAUCAAUCAGUGAAAGAAACCUAAUUCUCCGGUCUUUACGAGCAGCCAAGAUGAUGGAAGUGGAAGAUAUGUUCUCUGAGACAAGGCUAGGAGAUGGCCACCACAAAUCGAAUAAUACAAAUAUCUACAUCAAAGACACCUACCCUCAGCUGAAGUUGAUAGAUUCGGGUGGCUGGCAGGAAAGGGCCCUUGUGGCUUAUGUUCCAGCCGACAAGAAGCAACGACAGUUGGCAAUGGCCGUUGCAUUGCCUCGCCUAUUGAUGGACUGGCUCAUGAAAGGACGGGAGGCUCACAGCUCGGGCUUCGUCGAUGUACCCGAUCUCGGUGUGAGCCUUGUAAAGAGUGUGUUGAGUGCACCUCCCGAGUUGGCGAAUGACAUACUUGAGGCCGAAAGCAUUGAACAGCCUCUUGCAUAUCGAGAAGGCAGAAAUCCAGAAAUAAAAGAAGAAUGCUUGGAUCAGGCGGAAGCCCAGGAGGCUGAGGCGCCACUCCAAACGACGCGUACACCAACGUCAACAACACCAGAACCAGUACCAGCACCAGAAGUCAAUAUUCCCCUGACUGAUUCUCCCGCUUCUCGAACACCCAUUGUCAAGCAGGCUGGAACCCUGGACGCGUUCCUAGGCAUUGUUCCAGUUACUGGAAUCGCGUCAGAGCAACAGAGGCAAAAACGACGACCUGCUACCAGUGAUUCGGCAUCUUCAGGAUCUCCUCCCCCAUUGGCAGUUUCGAAGAAGCUUCGAAAGGAAUGA